AUGUCGAAUCCAUCAGAAGAAACAGGUACAUCAAAGCGAUCGAGGAUAUUUAGAGGUAAAGGAGCUCAACACAGAAGUAAUCUAAAGAAAAGAGCUCGAAGAAAUCAGAGCACUGGAGAUAUUACUCAGUGUGUACCAGAUCAGUCUGGAACCCAGUCGACAGGUGAGAAUACAAAUUCUGGCAGAAAGAUACCAAGAUGGUUACGUCUAUUAAAAAUGACAAGUAUAAGUGCUACUACGACUAUCACAUUGGAUGGGUUGAAAUCGGAGAAUACUAGUCAUCAACAUAAUCGCCAAGGACCUCCUGCCUCACCACUACAACAACGACAACAACCACAACAGGAAGUGCAAUCCUUUCUAGGUAACUUGGGUAUUGGAGCUUAUGUUGGUGAAGAAGAAAAUGCAUUUGUCAACUCGGACACUUCUGAAGAUAUCAAUGUCCUCCAAGUAAACAAAUCAAAUAGACCUAUUUCCAAGUCUAUGAUAAAUUUAUCUUCAAUCAGUUUAUGGGCACCUAAACGGAAGUCGAGUGAUCAAACUAACGAACCGGAGGCAACAGUAAUCGAUGUUAUUGAACAGUAUAGUUGUUCAUCAUCUUCACAUGUUAGUUGUAUGUCCAAUGCUUCAUCAUCAUCACCACCACCAAUACCACGACCACCAUCAACACCCUCAUUUCAUCGUUUUAAGCAGAAAGCAUCAGUUUCAGAGAAAAUGUCAACAACAACAACAACAACAUCAGCAACAUCAAUGACAAUGCAACCAACAAUGAAAAAAGUUUUGAAUCAAUUUAAACAAACUGGAUUAUAUGAGUCUAUGCCUUUAAUACUUAAAACUGUGAUACAUCAAACAUCAAUGUCUAAUAUCACUUCUGUGAAAUACAGUAUUCUCAAAGGAUUUACAUCAAGUAAUACAACCCCGAAACCAUCCACAAAUACGAUAACUAGAAAUAGUAGUCGAAAUCAAAGUGAUGAUAAUAUUGAAGAGUUGAAUAGGAUAAUUUGUUAUCCAGCUUGGAUGAUUGUUAAUGAUGAAAAAUUAAAAUUGGAUACAACUUAUACAUUUUAUCGAAUAUCGAACUAUUUGAAAGAAUUGUACAUAGCUGAAUCAUGGCUUGACAAUCUAUUGGUAAAUGAUAUUUCACAAAGUCGUAGUCAUUCACCAGUUAGACAACCAACAGAUUAUCGAUCGCGUAGGACACGUAAUGAAAAUAAUUUAUUGAUUUCACAGAAAAUUCAAAAACGAACAUGUAGUGAACAACGUUAUGAAGAGACACAAUUAAUUGCUGGCCUAUGGGACAGAAAAGAAAUGGAUCUUAUUCAAAAAUUAAUUCGUAGAGCUAUUUCUUCAAUUGAAUUGAAGAAAUCUAUCAAACAGAUUGAUGGGGAGGAAUCUUGUCCAUCAGAGAUGAGUGCCUUUAUCUUCAGGAAUUCUUCAACUGAAAUGAAUCUUCCAAUUGCUUUACGUUCAUUUCUUCCGGAGACUGAGGUAACUAUUGGCAAUAAAGAGAUGAAUAGUUGGAAAAAAAUUUAUGCCGAAGAAGUUGUGAAUAUUAUUAAACUUCCUCGUUUUCCCACUGAACAAGCCAUCACUCGGGAAACAAUCCAUCAAUCUCAAGAGUCGACGAUAUUCUUGUGUUCUGAUCAUAUAGUAUUGACACAAUGGCCACUAGAUCCUCAAUCGUUUCUAUCAACUGGUGACUUGGCGCAUAUAAUCCCUUUGUAUGAAGUAUGGUGUGAUACAUUGAAACCUGAAGCAUUAUUUAGUCGAUCAACAUCCGUAACAAAAUCUACCGGUAUUAACAAGGGCAGUCAUAGUCAAAAACACAUGAAAACUUCAGAAAUUGAUAUUGACAAUGCAAAGUGUAAUGUGUCUUCAUCGUCGGGCAUAUCGACAGCUAGUCUAGAAGACGCUGAAUCAAACAGUCCAUCUAUUGAUAAUAACCAGUCAUUGGAUAAUGAAAUAAAAAUUAGGGUUACAGAAUCAUCUUCAACAAAUGAGACUAGCGUAUCUACCGAUACUAGUCUCCUGUUACUUGUUGGUCGUCCAUUGACAGAGAAUUGGGCGAUACGAUUUUCAAAUAAUUCUCUCUGUGAAAAGUGGGAACAUAUGAUAAAUGAAUCCAUAAAAAGGAAUCAACAGAUAUUUGAAGGGAAAACAAUAAAUGUAAAGGUGAUCAAUCAGAUUAUUCCCAACCAUCAAGUAAUAUAUAAAUACCAUAAUGUUCCUAUUCACAUGACAGCUAACCAUUUGAAAGAGAAGGCAUUAGAGGCACUCAAUACCAAUGUGGGUAAUACAAACGCUGAACUCUUUUUACGGUAUACAGAAUCGAAUGGAGAAGAACGUGAAAUACUGAUGUAUGGUCCAGAAAUCCCCUUCUUGAUAGCAUUUUCCAGUGUUCAGAUGAAUCACACCAGUUCACCAUUGUUUCAACAAAAUAACUCAGUGACAACAACAACUACUACUGUUAUAAGUAUAUCAUCCACGUCACCUCAGUCUGAUGUUCGCAUAAACGAUAGCGAUUAUAUAAUUCCAAGAGAUCAAGUUAAAGUCAGUUUUGUACUACGUCCUAGGGAGAAGAGUUCAACUGAAGAUCAUCAAACUCAUCAAACUGUAAAGUCUGAAGAUAUAACAACUAAACCAGUGGAAUACACAAAACAAGAACGUGGACGUUCAAAAUCAAAAGCACGUGGUCGUCGUGGUGGAGUUGGAGGCGGUGGUGGAGACCAUACUGGUGAUAAACAAAAUAGUCUUAUGACUAAAUCUAGCUUAUUCUUAGACAAUUCUAUGAGCACAUCUAAACAAACAAGUUUACCGUUGAGAGCUGCAAUUAGUACGAGUGCGCUUCAGAUUAAUACAGCUCAGGAUACACAAUGUGGGCAAAUAUUUGGUUGUCUACCUGAACAAGUGUGGCCUGAUUCUCAAUUACCUGAAUCUUUAGUGAAUCUGUUUGCAAUUGUUUACUAUAACGGUGUAGAUAUUGAGGGCAUAUUUAGACGUACAGCUGUUCACAGUCAAAUUGAACUAAUGAGAGCCCGUGUUGAUGAAAAUAUUCAAGCUAUUACACCGAAUAACUGUAAUCCCAUUUUAGCAUCAUGUGUUUUGAAAAGAUUCUUCUAUGAAAUACCUGGUCAUUUAUUGAUUGAUUCGAAAUGGGAUGAAUGGGCUAGUUUAACGGGAAUUAAUUCAUCAACAGAACGUUUACAGUUAAUUGAAAAAUUAGUUCGCAGUCUUCCCAAGGUUAAUCAAACUUUGCUAGCACUAUUAAUCUACCUCCUUGCACAUAUACGAGAUAAUGAAGAGACAAAUCGUAUGUCAGCAAGAAAUCUAGCCGUUGUUUGGGGUCCAAAUCUAAUUCAACGACCCAAUUCACCAUUGGCUUUAAGUGAUUCUAAAAUAGCUACACAGAUUGUUACCUAUUUGUUAGAGCCUCCAGUGACCAAUUUCCUACUGGAAACAUCGAAUGCCCGAAAUGAAUUAAAUCAACAUUUUACAAAUAUUUGGGGAAAUUUAAAAGGUACAACUGGUAUAUCCCACACAGCAAAAACAGUAGGAAAUACAAAAAUGUUUUCAGCGAUAACUGGAACAGACUCUUCUGAAGAUGAUAAAAGUUCCAAAGUAGAUUCUGGUGUACAAUCUGAGCAAAGGACCGAAGAUUCAACGCACAAGUCAUUAAAAACUGAUACUGAAAUCAAACAUCCUUCUAGAAGAGGACAUUCCGUUGCAUCUGUACCUCCACAUAUCAGUCCCCUUGAGUCAGACAACUUGUUGAACAGUGAAAAGUUUUAUUCCCCACUGCUGAAAGGACAUGACCUCCACGAGUCGACAGCGAACACUUCGACCGUAUCAAUUGACAGUAGAUCUAGUCUUUCACUUACAAGCAGUUUAUCGAAUUCUUCAGUGAUGACUCGAAGAGGUGUAGGAAGAAUUAAUCGAAAAAAGCAAAGUAUGCUUUCUCAGCUGGCACUGCCUGAUCAGACUGGACCACCAGUUGCCAUCAAACAAACAACGUCAUCCUCCGAUGCUACUACCUCAGAUUUAAGAGGCAUUAAAAGAGUAAGAGCUACUUCAACAGUUGUACAGCCAACAUCAUCAUCACCAAUGGCUAUGACGACAACAACAACAACUGCAGUGGCAACAGUAGCAGAGGCUAUUGGAAAACUUAAAAGGACUUCAGUCUUACACCGUUCGAGAAACACAUCCUGUCCACCGAGUAGAGAUACGGGACAGCAAAAAAUGAGCACACCCUAUCCAUUACCAAAAUAUCAAGUCGAUUUAGAAGCACCACCUGUUCCGCCUAAACUUCAACAGUCGAUGCAGUUAACUUAUCAAGGUGUAAGGUGUAAACAGGCCAGUAUCGCCACCAACGCUAAUUCUUUAAAAGCCAAUCAAAAUCAUCAAAUUAAAUUCACCAAGAAUAGUCAGUAUAGCGAAAGAGAACCUUCACCACCGGUACCAAAAAAAACUUUUCAUCGUAGGUUUCGGUUGCAGAAAACCACCAGUGAAAUACCCGAUGUCUCCUUGUUCACUGAUUCAUGUUAUACCAAGGAAAUGAAGUCGAAUAACAGUAACACUUACAGACGAAGAAAUUCUAUGGAAUCACAAAUGAAUAAUUCAAGGUUACCUAAUGAGACAAUCUCAAAUGAGCUAUCUAUCAACAGUACUAAAACAGAUGAGUCUAGUGCACCGAUUAAAAUCAUUUCUGUAUCGUCAUCUAGUAAUAAUCAUAAUAAUGUUGGUGAUAACAAUAAGGAGAAUAUAUCACACAGAUCCCACAGACAUUCCUACGCACACAGUAUAGGUGAUAAUCCUGGUGGUAAUAAUUUGACUGCAAAGUACACCAAAUUACUUCAAGCCUCUACAGAUCAUCGAACGCGGAAUAGUAUUCCUCAAUCAGAAAGUGAUAUGAGUGUGACUUCCACUGACUCCUCAUCUUUAUCCUUCUCAUCCUCUUCACUGUCUUCAUUAAGAAAGCAUAGUAGGCGGAAAGAAACUGAUUUAAGUGGUAUACCGUCUCCAGUGGUUCAUAGGCCUGAGUUUAGUAAACAAGGUUUCAUAGUCAAUCCACAACGUAAAUCUAGUUGUAUUAUACAUCGAAUGAUAUCACCACAACAGUUUGGAGUUUAUAAAAACGUUGACAGUCAAGCUGAACAGUAUGCGACAGGCUUGCCUUCAUUUGCUUCAUCAUCACUGUCGUCAUCAUCUUCGCCGACAUCAUUUAGCAGUUCUGAUAUUGGCUAUGCUACUUCUCAACAUGAGAAUCAGGAGAGUAUCGUUGAGAUUGAUUCAAUAGCAUAUGGUACUCCAGUGAGUCGGAUGAGUUCCCACGCUUCAACUAUAUCUAGUGGUUCAGCGACCGUCAUUUCAACGUCAACUGAGAAAUAA